AUGGUCCUCAGCGAGAAGGCAAAAGGGAAGCAGCGGGCUGUCGAUCCCGAAAUAAAUGGUCCACCUGACUCUCGAGACCUGACGAUCAGGUUUACAGAGGGCAUACCGGACCUUAUCCUACACGUAGUGGAGAAGGACACGGUACGAGAUGUCAAGUCCAAGGUACGCAUAUCGCGCCCUCAACUUUGUGGCCGGAGACUCAGACUUAUCCACGCAGGUCGCCUGCUGACAGAUGGCAUCCGUCUGCAUCCCUGGCUUACUGCGCUGGAGGAGAAGCAGCGUCGUGUGACGCCAACGAGCGAGGAACCACACGCACCAGUACAAUCAUCGAUGAUAACAUGGCUGCACUGUUCUGUCGGCCCAGUGGUUGAACGGGGUACGGAGUCGGAAGAAAAGCCUCAGGUGGCACAGAUACAACCCUUGAGAGGUUUUGACCGUUUGGCAACAGCUGGGUUUUCAGAGGAGGAUAUUGCCCAUUUCAGGAGACAGUUCCAUAGUCAGUCUUCUGCCAACUACCUCGACCUGACACUGGAAAAUGAUGACGAUGAUUAUGACGAACACGCUCGUGCACUCGAAGAACAAUGGAUAGACUCGCUGGACAACGCGAACAACUGCACAGCUUGCCCAAUCGUCAUCGCAGUGUUUUGGGACGAUGGCACACAAGUGGAAGCGACGGAGAGUGUCAUAUUCUCGCGCAAGACACAGGUUGGCAUCGUGUUUGGGUUCCUUGCGAACGUUCUGUUCGGGACGUGGAGAUAUCUCCUAGAUCCUUCCUGA